AUAAGCUGGAAUUCUCCCACCCCUCUUUGGGAAAUACUGUUCAAAGAACACCAGGUGCCUGUUUUGCCAUCCAACUAGGCAUCUCACUCUCCAGGGAAGAGGGCAGAGAUAGGCAAGGACUAGAUGGGAUGGAGGGACUGUUGAAGAAUGCACCUCAGAGACAGCUUGCAUUUGGGAAAGCCAGGAUUUCUGAAUUUAACUUUACCAACCCAUAUACCAUUUGGCUUGUUCUUCAAAGGCAAGAGACUUGAGAGACAAAAUUCUCAGGGGAUCUCUAAUUAAAUCUGGCAGUGACAAACAUUGUCUCUCUAACCAUUCAGGUGGUUGUUGCUUCUGGCUGCCCAGGGGUGCUAAGGGGUUCCUAGUGUGUGUGAAGGGGGCUAGGUUGGGAGCUCAAGACGCCGGGUGGCUCUAAGCUCAGACUUCCAAAAGACAUCAGGUGGAGCAAGAGGAACUUCUUUGUCACCAAGAAACUCAUCAACAACCUGAGUAGUAUAGGCAGUGAGUGAGGUCACAGAGAAAGGGCUGAAUUUCACUUCCUUCUUGUGAGGCAUGUUGUACCAAUCUCAGGUUCAGCACUGGUAGGAAUGGUAGGCUAGCUAUGGGGAAAGAUUUGAAGUCUUGGAGACUAGUGAGCAAACAGCUGGGGGAGGCUGGCCACUUUGCUGAAUGCUGGACCUAUCUUCUAGGCCAAGCUGUGGUGGGCAGACAGCUCUAUUCUGCUGAGAGGGUAGCUGCAAUGCCUAACUUGGGUCUUUCUCUCUUCUCUCCCAGGACACACCAAGGAGCCUGUUUGUUGUGUUGAGCAAGCCAGGGGGUGGAGACUAGAAUAGAUGGGCAGCUGGGCGGGGCUUUGUGCGUUUGGAGGGAACCUGGCUGCCCUAGUAUUGCUGGCUGUCUUUUGUUUUUACUGCUGAGCCUGGAGCUCAGCUCUGACUUGGUGGUUACUCCCCAGGGCAGUGAGAGAGAGGGAGGAAGAGAGAGAGAAAGAGAGGGAGAGAGAUAGUGAGAGAUAGUUGUGAGCACUUUGCGUACAGCCAGUCACAGCACUUUUCUGCCCUCCCACAGCUACUCAGAGGCUGGUCUUGUUGACAUUUCCCCAGGUACCCUGAGUGCUUGUAGCCGCUGAUCAUACCUCUGCUAUUGCUCAGAGUCCGUAGCAGUCAAACUUCAUAAUUGUGACCAGCUGGAUCAGAAAAGGUUGAGGGGAGGGUAGCUCUGGGUGGGCUCAGGAAAGAGGUGUAGAGAGGCCUUGGACAGUGAGGCAGUCCACAUCUGGGGGUGGGUGUUACUCUUUGCAGUGCUUUAUCAUCGGGGUUAUCUGUUAUCAGUACCUUGCCCCACUUCCCUAGAUAAGGGAGACCAAGGAAGAAGGAAGGGGAGGGGAGGACUCCCACUCCAGGGUUGGUCUAGGUGGGCACAGCAUCCUGGAUGCCUUGUUACUCCCUAACAGGGGAGAUGGAGCCACCUCAGUGUGUGGAGGAGCUGGAGGAUGAUGUGUUUCAGCCAGAGGAUGGGGAGCUGGGGACCCAGCCUGGGAGCUUGCCCUCUGCUGACCUGUUUGCCCAGAGCCAGUUGGACUGCCCCCUCAGCCGUCUGCAGCUCUUUCCUCUCACCCACUGCUGUGGCCCUGGGCUUCGACCCACCAGCCAGGAAGACAAAGCCACCCAGACCCUCAGUCCAGCCUCUCCGAGCCAGGGUGUCAUGUUGCCUUGUGGGGUGACUGAGGAACCCCAGCGACUCUUUUAUGGCAAUGCUGGCUACCGGCUCCCUCUCCCUGCCAGUUUCCCUGCAGGCUUGCCCCUUGGCGAGCAGCCUCCUGAAGGGCUGUGGCAACAUCGAGCAGAGAUACAGAUUGCCAGAAAGCUUCAGUGUAUUGCAGACCAGUUCCAUCGGCUUCAUAUGCAGCAACACCAGCAGAACCGAAAUCGCGUGUGGUGGCAGAUCCUCCUCUUCCUACACAAUCUUGCUUUGAAUGGAGAUGAGAACAGGAAUGGGGCAGGUCCCAGGUGAGGCUGGGCUGCCCUCUUCGAAAGGGGCACCACAGGAAGGACAUCAGCGAGGACUGACACUAUGUCUUGUGAAAUCGUUUUUUGUUUGUUUGUUUUUAUUUUAAAAAUGUAUCUCUAUGUGUACAUAAGACAUACCCAUAUGGGACUUCUUUCCCUGUUCAGGGCCUCGACCAGGAAUGGGGGCCUUUGUCAAACACUGUUGAAGUAGAGGUCAAUGUGUCUGACGGUGAGACCUCCCAAGGGCUCUGACAAGCAGAUUCUUCUGCCAACAGCUGUUGAAGAUGACCAGGUAGCGAUGUCCUCUGGCAGGUGGACUAUAGUUUUCCCACAGGAGCUUGGUUAAGAAAUAGGAGACUGGAUUAUCAGACUCCUGGUUCCACCAAACCUAUCAGCCUUCUACUGUGGAUGGGGCCAAGGUCCAGAUGGUCACACUGUUUUAACCCCACAAGGCCUCGGCCAGGGGCUUUCCAGCUGAGUGUGGCAACUUCAUUAAGCCGGUCAGCCUACAUCUGGGUUCUCAUUUGGCCCAGCCAGUGCCUGCCCCCAAGGGCUCAGGGAUUCUUGCCAGCCCCUGUCAUCUGCAGCAGACCUCAGGGAGGGUUGGGUUUCUCCAAGGACUCCGCAAACAUGCCACGAAAGGAACCAAACUUCUGCAUAGGCCUCAAAUCUGACUUAUUCCUACUUAGAUGCCCCAGGAUUGAUCCUGAGGUACAGAACCACUGCCACCUCUGGCUUCCUGGAUCUGGCUGGGUGUUAGCCAUGGAUGAGCCAAAAAGCCAAUCAACAUACAGUCACCAACAGCUUGUGCCUUUGUCGGUUCUUCUUUCCAAAGACCCAGCAGCAGGCUGCGUUCCACCCCCAAUAUUGGCACUCUAGGACACGAAGGGGCAGGAUUGCAGUUGGACUGGGAAAUGUGGUGGCCAUCCCACCAAUGAGUCAGCCCUUGGUUUCCUUAGAAACAACAUACCUCCUCCUCCUUAUCCCCAUUCCUUUUUCACACCUAGUAAGAUACAGGAAGAAGCCAGCAUAGUGGCUUUGUCAGCUGAAAUAUGUCUUUUAGAGUAACAGACAAUGAUAGAGUGCGGAACCGGCAAAGCUGGGUACACAUUUCCUGUCUUCCUUCGGCUACCAGCUAGGCCAGAAGGGCAUGCUCUGGAACUCAGCAGGAUCACAGCUGCCUCUGAACUUCUUCCUUUCUCUCCCUGCUGUGGCGCUAAUGGAGAGAAUUUAAAACAGCCAGUCUGCCAGCUCUGAGAGCAGACACACGGAAUCCGAAAAGACAUAGACAAUCUGGUUAACAGAAUCUGUGAACUAGACACCUGGAAAUUAAAUAAUUUUUGCAUAUAUAAGAAAAGAUAACAUUGGUGCUAACAGGGAAGCAAGGCCCAAAGUAAAAAUGGCCUUCCUGGGCAGAGAAGACCCCAGGGCUACCAAAGAAAUUGGAGGAGUCCAGAGUAGGCUCUCAAAUCUGAACAAGCCUGAGCUCUUCCAGUUCUGCAGAGAGGAGGUCUUCAGUACUGUGGCGGGAAGCAUUGAUCUUCUGGAUAUACAGUCGGGCAGGUUGUUCACUGCACAAGGGAACCUGCAGAGGAAAAUAAUGGAGGUUAAAAUCCAGCCUGCACUCUGCUCACUAAACUGUACGCCCUAGGGUAAGGAAGGCUAUGUCUGCCUAGAAGAAGGGGUGCCUUUACUAAUUUGCACGAAGACUGCCGUGUGGGUUCACAGUGGCCCUGAGGAGAAGGACUUGAGACUGUGAAUAAGCCUUUGUUUUGUUCUGUUUGGAUAUCCUAGAGGUAUUACCUCUUCUUGGCCAGAAUUAUAUUCUCAGGGUGUGUACCAUGGUUUGUCUGCUAAGAAGAUGGGUUCCCGCUUAUAAGGAGCCCAGGGAACAGGUAUGAAGACUGGCUCUGGGGCACACUGACCGUUGUGAAAUCCAACCUUCCUUGUGUGUCUCCAUACCAUUAUGAUGUGUAUAAGACGUCGUGUUUUCCCUUCUCCUGGACCAAGGCUGUGACGGGCAGACUGCUGGUAUACGCUUGAGUGGAACAUAAAAGAAAAUCAGGAUUAUUUCUACCAACCAUUUUUAAAACCUCUUGGCAGACCUUCUACCUGAGCUGAGUAAGAAAGCAAAUAAAUGGUUUAGACUUUGGUGCUGAGGCAAAGCCAUCAGCUUCAGGGACCCUGCCAGGCCCAGGAGGGAUGCCCUGUGGCCUGUCCUGAGAACUGAGCCCAGAGUUUGACAAGCCCACCUGAACAUUGAGCCUGGGACCGGCUGGAGUGUGGUUUGACUGCACUAUCUCCGUCUUCUGUGCAGCCAAGAAGUAACUCACUAUCCUAAGCAAGCCAGGACAAAACUUAAAACCUCCCUCCUUCCCCUCCCCCAGAAAACCCUGGAGGUUACUGGCAGAAUAGCCCCAGGAAGGAGAGAGGUUCCUCCUGGCUGGCUGUUGUUAAUUGGCCUAGUGAUGUAGACUGGCUCCUUCCCCCUCUGCCUGGUGUGCUGGUCUGAACAUUCCUCAAGUCCAGCCUCAGGAGACACAUCCCUGCCCCUGGGCCCCCCUCCCCACCCCCCAGCCCCAGAGGUUUGUCUGUCUCCAGUGAGGGGGCGGAGAAUCAGAUUUAGAGGGAGGGAGAACCUUGGGUCCUGACCUGUAACCAACUGAAGACUUGUGGAGCUCUUGUGGUUUGCUGAGGGUGGGGGUGGGAGAGGGACUGGAAACCUCCCUUCCCAUUGUAGAAAUGCCCUGGAGGAAGGGAAGCCUGCUAUUCAGGGUCAAAACAGGCCUUCCAAUUCAGAGCUCCAGAGUAGGGGUUUCUGGAAGCCUGUAGACAGACUGGGGAGGGAACCCCCCCAGGCCAGACGUCUGACUCCCCCAGCCAGUUGGAGGACUGGGCCUGGCUUCUCUGCCUGCUUCAAAGCCUGGGCUACUGGAGAGCUGCCCCCAUGGCCUUCUCUUGCUCAAUCUGAGGCAGAAAAAGAUUACCUCCCAGUGACCUCUCCCAGCCCCUAGGGGAAUGGGUCUGUGUGUAGAGCUUAUGUGGCAGGCAUGUUCUGAGUGCUCAAAGGGGCCCAGCUGACUUGUCUCACUGUCCCUAGUGGCCAAGCCCUGUCUGAGUGUGGCUCUAGCCUGGGCAUGGCAGGGAGGGGGUUGAUUAAGAUGGUCCAGCCAGGGCCUCCAUCAGCCUGAAGUCUUCCCAGAAGGAGGCUGGGGAGUCACUUGAUCGUCCUGGUCAGCAAGGAGCACACUUGAAAGCUUGUCUUUUGAGGAGGGCUUGAUGAAAAAGGGAUAGGGAGAGUAGAGAGCAGGAAGACUUACUCCAUCAGUUACCACGGCUCUCAAGGCUUCUGUGAGUGAAUCAGUACUGCAGCCCAGGCUGGAGCAAGCCGUGGGGUCUCUCUGUGUGUAGGGAGCAACCCUUCGUGGCAGGCUACCCUGGCUAGACUUCUUCCAUAAAGGAGUUAACCUGUCAGCCUCUGAAGCUUCCUGGGGACACUGGGCAGUGAGUACCUCAGGGCUGAAGAGGACAUAGAACCUUGAGAGAAUGGCAGAGAAAGCUGAGCUCUUCCAUAGGUGCACCAGAUACCAGGCUGAAGGUGCUCGGAGCCUGUAGGCUCCUGGUCCACACUGCCCCUCUCUGUACAAGCAGCCAGUGCUUCUCCCUGCUCUGUGAGCAUUGCCCAGCUGGCCACCCCAUCCCUGGGUCCAUAGGGGCUGUAGGGAGACCCAGUGAGAAUGUAGCAUUUUGUCCAUCCCAGAUUAGUUGCCCUGGGUUCUAGGCACUCUGCCUCUGGGAGAGAGAGACCGGUAAAGAGGGAGGGGAAAGGGGAACUAUUGUUCUUUAACUUGUACAGAGUAUUUGGCUUUCUGUUCUUCACAUGCAUAUAUGUGUGUGUGUGUGUGUGUAUCUUU